AGAUGUAGAGUUGAUGAUCCGGGAAUGAAGUCAAUGUUAGCUUUUCAGGGAAUUUGGUGCAAAAUCCUUAAAGUUUAGACUAUCGGCUGAUACCUACCUAGGAGAAUACUUGCCGAUAUCAGCUAUGAGGUGCAUCCAGCCUUGGCCACGAGCAGCUCGGAGGAGCGAAUGGCUCCGGUGCGCCUUGGCCCACCACCACAACCCCGAUCCCGGCGUGGAGAAUGAAAUAGUCGUCCUGGCCACCGGAAUAGACCAAUACUUGCAGGAGGUCUUCCACCAUCUUGCUUACCCCAACAGGGAAGAUAAAGUGUCCGCGGAGGACUUCACUACGCUGUGCGCAGUCCUGGGUGUCACAGGAGCUCGGAAGGGUCAGAGGAGCACGAAGGGAACCUUAGCUGGAGAUGGCGACGACGAGGAAGAGUUCGGCGACGUUUGCUCCGGGUUGCCGUGUCAGUUAACUUUUAAGGACUUCCACGCGCGUCUGUGCGGCUUCUUUCGUGUGCGCACGGCGCAAAGAGGCUGGCGGCUGCCCGUCACCGAGGAGACCGAGCUGGUGGAGAGGCAGAUUCUUCUCCGGUGGCCUCGCCUGAGGAGGAGAAAAGAUGUCACCUUUGAUCUGACAGGGAAUCACAGCAGAGCCGCUGCAGAGGAUACGGAGUCGGAAGAGUUAGCGGCACUCAGGGAGCUGGUGGAGGAUCUGCGCUCAGCCCUGCAAGGGAGCGACGCGCGCUGUCUGGCCCUCGAAGUGGCUCUGAGACGAGAGCGGCGCCGCCUGCUCCCGAAUCCGACGGCUGUUUCGUCACCCACUACCUCCAUUUCCCUCAUACAAGGCAAGCUGGUGCCCACACGCCGCAUUAAAGGACGCGCUGACGCAGGAGACGCUGCGAGGAGGCCGAUGAGGCGAUGGGACACAUGGGACCCACUCCUGAGAGAGUUGAAGCUGAUACGAUCGUCUCGUGAUGGACAGCUGGAAGAGGCCAUUAAGUUCAAUCAACGUAUGGAGGAGGAGUUGCGAUGGGCGUACCAGGAAGUGAGAAAGCUUCAGGCGUCGGAGUGUGCUCUGAGGAGGGAGAACAUCCACAUUAGGAGGCGAGCAGAGGAGGCCAGAGAGGCCUUGAGCUUGGGGCUUGAGAAGGUCAGAAGGAUUCAGGAGCAAGCGGAAUCUGUGCCACAGCUUCAGUCCAGGAUCAGCCAGCUGGAGAUGGAACUGGAGCAGUACAGAUUCAAUUGUGUGUGUCUCCCUGAUGCUGCGUCACUCAAAGGAGCCGUGAGCUACCUGGUUAAGUCAGAUCCUGAGUGUCUGCAGAGAGCAGUGGAGGGCCGAGCCGCCUCUGAUGAAGAGGAAGAGGGCGACAGGAGAGCGAGAAAGGAAGGACAACGGCGACUGCCGGAGACACCAGAACAAGAGCGCUCCGAGACAAGACUGGAAGAGAAAGAAAAGGCGAGGCUGUCUUUACUGGAGGAAAAGUUUCGAGAUUCCCUCCUGUUGCUGCUGCAGCUUCGUAAUAAGAAGGUGUCCCGCAGAGAGCUGGGCACCAUCAUGAUGGACACCCUGGACAUGUGCAGUAAACAUGGAGAUGGUCCAUCUCAGGUGCUGCAGGUAGCGGACACCCUGUACAUGCAGUUAUCCUCCAGCGGUCACCUUGGCGAAGGAGGCGAGAAGAAAGGGGACGAGAAGGAGAACACACGGCGGCCUCAGACGAGCCCUCUGCUCAUCUCUUGUUAACAACGCCGUCGUACGCGUGUGUGUGGGUGACUGGAUG